AUUCACUUCCUCUGAGUUCUCAGUUCAUAUAUUGUCCCUUUUGUGGUUAUACUUAAUUAUAUCAUUCAAGCUUCUCGCAACAGUUCACCAGUGUUUGCUAAAACAUUGAAUUGGAGAGCUAGUCUUGCAAUAAUGAGCAUUCAGAUUGCGGAUAGUGCUGUAAAUUGCUGCUAACUCGAGGUGUUGAACCGCUUGCAUUUUUCGUUUGAGAAUUUCCUUGGCACUAAUUGGGAGACAACUCAACUAUCUAACGAUAACAAAAAAUGGAAGAGUUGUGUAUUUCAAUUGCAUCUAAAAUGGUAGAAGAACCUGUGGCACUAAUUGGGAGACAACUCAACUAUCUGAUUUACUAUGAUUCCAACUUAGAAAGUCUAAAAGAUGCGCUUAAAAAGCUUGAUGACAAGAAAAAUGAUGUGCAAAGAUCUGUGGAUGCUGCAAAAAGGAAUGGUGCAACCAUCAAAUAUCAAGUUCAGAGCUGGUUGAAGGUUGUAAGCAAAGUAUUUGAUGAAGCGAAAGAACUUGAAACCAAAGUCAACAUGCAAAGGCGGUGUUUGUAUGGAUUGUGCCCAAGUUUGAAAUCGCGGUAUUCUCUGAGCAGGAAAGCCAAGAAGAUUGCUCAGCAUGUCCUUGAUCUCAAACUAGACGAAGGACUGAGUAAUAAUGUUGCCAAUCCUGCACCUCUGCAACAACUAGGGUCCAUAAUCUCUAGUGAAGGUUUUAAGGGUUUUGAAUCCAGAAAAGCAGUCAUGAAUGAUGUGCUUAGUGCUUUGAAGAAUGAAAAGACAAGAAUAAUUGGGAUUUGCGGGAUGGGAGGUGUGGGUAAAACCACAAUGCUGAGAGAAAUCAACAAGAGAUUAGAAGGAACAAGUCUAUUUGAUGAUGUUGUGAUGGCAACUGUCUCCGCAACUGUUAACAUUAGGACAAUUCAAGCUGAAAUUGCAGCGCCACUAGGUAUGAAAUUGGACGAGGGACCUGAAUCUAUAAGAGCACAAAGGCUAUAUGAGAGAAUCAAGGAUAAAAGAAUCCUAAUUAUAUUAGAUGAUGUAUGGACAGAGCUUAAUUUACAGGAUGUAGGAAUCCCUUUUGGUGUUGGACCUACAACUAAUCAAGUUCAUGAAGGGUGCAAAAUUUUGUUGACAUCUCGAAAUGAAGAAGUUUGUAAAGUAAUGGGGUGUAAAAAAGAUGACAUUUUUAGAGUCCAAGAAUUAAAUAAAGAAGAAUCAUGGGAGCUUUUCAGGGCGACUGUAGGUGAAUCCUUGGACAAUAAUCCUGAUUUGUCUCAUGUUGCAAAAUUGAUUGUUGAUGAAUGCAAAGGUUUACCCAUUGCUAUCAUAACUGUUGGGAAAGCGCUUCUACCAAGUAAUGGCAAGCAUGAAUGGAAUACUGUCUUGCAAGAACUGAAAAAUUCCCUCCCUGAAAACAUCCCUGGAAUGGAACCUGAGGUAUAUUCUUGCAUAAAAUUGAGUUAUGAUAAAUUGGAUAGUGAUGAAGUCAAGUCAUGCUUUUUACUUUGUUGCUUAUUUCCAGAAGAUUAUGAUGUUCCGAUUGAGUAUUUGGUGAGGUAUGGGUUGGGUCAAGCAAUUUUUAGAGACACUAACACAGUCGAAGAUGUAAGAAACAAAGUGCAUUCUUUCGUUGGACAACUAAAAAGAAGGUAUUUGUUGCUAGAUAGUCACAAGAAAGAAUGUAUCAAAAUGCAUGACGUAGUUCGUGAUGUUGCCACAUCAAUUGCCACAAAAUAUCCUCACAGAUAUAUUGUAAGAUCAUUUGAUGCUAUAGGUGGAGGUGGAGCAUGGCCAGGAGUACAAAAAGUUACAAACCAAGAACAUUGCAGUGCAAUUUCGUUAAUUGGUGCUAAAUUACAUGGAGAUAUUACUGAUGGUUUGGAGUGCCCAAAACUUGAGCUUUUACAACUGAAAAAUUCCUCCUGGAGUUCAGAGUUAUCCAACUACUUUAAAAGGUUGAGAGAACUCAAGAUUGGAGAGUUUGGAGAUACUCAGCUUUGCUCACUCUGA